AAUUCAAGAUCACCCUGCCCUGGAGGUUGGAGUGAGUUGUGGAGUGGAGGAAGAACCCAGACAGACAGAGAGAACCCACGAGUAAAAGAACAAGAGGAGGAGGAGGAGGAGGAGUACAUUUGACGGGAGCUGAGUCUGCAGCAGUUAUACCCGGUAGGAUGCCUAAUGGAAUGGCCUUGGACAUGGCAGGACUCUGUGAUGGAAACGCCAGACAUGCUGAACAGCAAUGCAAAAUGCUGUACAGGAACUUGGGUAAAUCAGGACUCAGGGUUUCAUGCUUGGGACUUGGCACCUGGGUGACAUUUGGCGGACAGAUUUCAGAUGAGGUGGCUGAGCAGUUAAUGACCAUAGCAUAUGAGAGCGGCGUCAACCUCUUCGACACGGCGGAGGUGUACGCAGCAGGCAGGGCCGAAGUCAUAUUGGGGAAUAUUAUAAAAAAGAAAGGUUGGAGGCGAUCCAGUCUAGUCAUCACUACAAAGCUCUACUGGGGUGGAAAGGCAGAAACGGAGAGGGGGCUUUCAAGGAAGCACAUCAUUGAAGGUCUGAAAGGCUCUCUGCAGAGGAUGCAACUGGAGUAUGUGGACGUGGUGUUCGCAAACAGGCCGGACAGCAACACGCCCAUGGAAGAGAUUGUGAGGGCCAUGACCCACGUCAUCAAUCAGGGGAUGGCAAUGUACUGGGGCACCUCGCGGUGGACGGCUAUGGAAAUUAUGGAGGCGUACUCGGUGGCGCGGCAGUUUAACCUCAUCCCUCCGGUGUGUGAGCAGGCAGAGUACCAUCUCUUCCAGCGGGAGAAGGUGGAGGUGCAGCUGCCCGAACUCUACCAUAAAAUAGGGGUAGGAGCGAUGACAUGGUCUCCCCUGGCCUGUGGCAUCAUCACGGGCAAGUACGAGAACGGCAUCCCAGAGACCUCCAGAGCCUCCAUGAAGUCUUACCAGUGGCUGAGGGAUAAGAUUGUGAGCGAGGACGGCAGAAAGCAGCAAGCCAAGCUAAAGGAGCUGGGUCACAUUGCAGAGAAACUGGGCUGCACUCUUCCACAGCUGGCCGUGGCCUGGUGUCUAAGGAAUGAAGGAGUAAGCUCUGUUCUUCUUGGAACGUCAAACCCUGAACAACUUACAGAGAAUCUGGGUGCCAUACAGGUGCUUCCAAAGAUGACUUCUCAUGUGGUGUCAGACAUUGAUCACAUCUUGGGCAACCGACCCUACAGUAAGAAGGACUACCGCUCGUAGAGCAGGAGAGAGAGCGGACCCCAACCCAGAGACUGUGUGUGUCAGUCUCUCAGGCAACUGGACAGUGACAGCGCAGCCAUUGUGGUCCAAAUACGGUUCCGGCUGGCUGUGGUUGGUUCCCCCUCUGUCUACCCAGAACCUGGCCUCCCGUCCUGACAGGUCCCCGAUGAGAGGCCCUCUAAACCCCCCUUCCUUCCCUUAACCUGCAUGUCUCCGCCGAGUAGAGUUGGAGUAAUAGCCUUCAUGUCAAACAAGCAAAGCGCAAAUCCUGAGAAACAAUAUGAUGCCUAAAUAACAACGUACGUACGAGCUGAAACGGCACCCUUUUUAGCACCCUGCGCAACAAGCAGCACAAAUGAGCUUUAUUAGCAACUUGCGGCCCCAGUGUCUCUAUACACAGCAUUCCCCCCAUACAGCUGAUACGCACUAGAGCUUUUUUUUAGGGGGACAGACAUUUCUGAAGGGUAGUGGUGGAAUUGUGAAGCAUGUCGCCCUCUUCAGGUGGGCCAGAGAACUACAAGCCCUUUCCUGAAAAGGGAGUGAAUGGGGUCUAUUGACUUGUAUGUGCAGUGGGCACGUGUGCAAGGGAGAGCUAGGGCCUACAGUACUGCGCCUCUGCAUUUGCUUGUGUAGUUUAAGGCACAUAAUUGACUUAUUAACAGAAUGCUGGAGUUACGUAUGUCAGCUACUAGUCUACCUGAAGCCUCGCCUCGAACCCCCAAAACCUCGACCUCUCGUGUCCAUUUGGAAAUAGUGUAUACAUUGUAAGUAGACGGAGUCAUUUCUGUAUGACUUUUCUAUUAAAUGUAUUAAUUUUGAGGAAGGAAAUGUGUUUUUACGGUAGAUGUAAUAUAAGCAAAACUGACCUCAAAAUCUGUUAUUUUCUGUAUGGCAACCGUCAUCUCCAUCAGUAGGUACGGUAUAGAAUAGUAUAACUCUGGCAUGACAUUCAUAAUCAACUCUCUAUAGGAACCAAUAUUGUGGUCUACUGCACUGACAUUUCUGAACUACCACACAGGUUAUUGGCAUGGCAUAGUAUGAACUAAACUCUCAUAGAUGCAGAUGUUUCAACUUGACUGGCUGUUUUCCACCUUUGAAAGGGUACAACUGAGAAGAGCUCGGUCAGCAUAAAAGCCUGAUUCACUCUUUACACAUUACAUUAACAGUCCACUCAGCUCGUUGCCUGAUACAAUGUUUUGAAACAGCCUAAAUUUCAUUACCCUCUAUAAUAAAAGGUCAAAAGGUCUGCACAAAAUAAAUGCAUACAUAACCUGGCAUUCUAAAACCAACCAGUUGUCUUUCAUCUUCAUAUACAGUAGUGAAUAGGCAUUUAAAUAAAAGUUUGUUAGAUAUCAGCAACCUCUGCACAACUAAGCAUUCAACCGUGUACAGAACUCCACAAACCAUAAGACUUCUUCUCAGACAGUUCAGUUAUUUGCUUUGUAUGCAGUGAUGGGAAACCUGGAUUCAAAUGCUACAAUCCAGUGCCACAAAUUCCAAAUGACUUGGUUUUGCCUGUCCAAAUACCCUAAUUUGCAUUUAUUUGCAAUGACAUCAAAAAAGUUCCGUUUUGAAGACAAGCAGGUAUAAAUGAGGCCCAGCCAUAACAGCUCUAACAACUGGAGUGCUACGCGGGUGACCCGGGUUCAAUUCCUGGCCUGGGUAAUUUCCCCAUCUCCUUUCCCUGUCUCUCUCUCCUCUCAUUUCCCACUAUCCUGUCUGAAAAAUAAUAAAAAUCCCUUUAUAUAUGAAUGAAUAGGCCUAUCAGCUUAAGGCUGAAACCCAUACACUGGCGAGUAUACCCGCUUCAAAUGCAUUGAAUCGAAGGUGUCUGAAAUCACGAGAUAAAGGCCCAUUGGACGGUACAACCACAUCUUUUGGAAUAUCUGCCACUGGAUCGUUGCUUCUGAAUACAGGUCACCCAUCAUGGUUUGUAUGUAUGUUCUCUCCUGAUGAGUGCCUUUAACAUGACCCUUAUGUGUAUAUAAAGGGUGCAUUCCAAUAUGUGACCAUGUGUCCUUCACUUGCGCUUGUGGCCUCACAUUUUGCUGAUGGCCCGCCUCCGUGGAGAAACCAAUUAAGUUCCCCCACUGUCAGCCUAGCCAAAACAAUUUAUGGGGGACUAUUAUUCAUUCACCAUCCUGUUUGCAAAUGAGAGAAAGAUUGACAACAGCAUUAUAUUUCAAUAUCUUGCAAAAGCUCAAUUGUAAAGUGAUGUCAUCACAAUGUACUACUUCCUGGUAGGAGGCCACAAGCACAAGUGGAGGAUGCAAGGUCGCAUAUUGGAACGCACUCAAAGACUAAAAGCCUCUGCCUCCUCCUUACUAACCACUGGGUUUGAAAAUAAUGGUGAUGUACAAAUAAAGACACAAUGUUUUUCUAUGGUUGAUGCGAAAUUGCAGCAGUGUUAAGAAGCCAUUAUAUUUCUUGCAUCAGGGUCUUUAAGUCCAUCAUGCUUUUUUUCUUUUUAGUCAUGAAUCUGUGACUUGUGUAAAUAAAUAAGUAAGUAAAUAAAUAAAUAAAUAUAAUGCAUUAUGCCAACACUGACUGAUCUCGUGUGUGCGUUAAGUUUUUG